CGAGUUCACCUGAGCAAGAGCCCCCAACACCUGUUCGUCUCCUCCCUCCUUCCCUCUCUCUCUCUCUGUCGGAGCUCCCAAUGAAGACGACGACGACGACGAUGGCGACGAGUCGCAAUGCCAAGCGACUCGGGGGACCCGGGACAUCACCGAGUCGAGCGAGCGAUCGCGCCGAGUCGCUCAAGACUCGGGCGAGCCGGCGAGCCAAGCCGGUCGCCGCCGCCCCGAAAGCGGCGAGCCCCAGAACUCAGCUUCGACCCCGGCGUCGACCCAAUGAAGCCCCGCCCUCGAGCGCAUCCUUCGACCAGUUCAAGAUUCUGUCGCGGGAAUUCUUUCAAAUGGAUGCUCUGGACCUGGCGCCGCGGUUGCUCGGGAAGUUCCUGAGACGAGACGACGUUGUUCUUCAGAUUACUGAGGUUGAAGCUUAUAGGCCAAAUGAUUCGGCUUGUCAUGGUCGAUUUGGCAUUACGGCGAGGACAGCACCAGCUUUUGGACCAGGAGGACAUGCAUAUGUGUAUCUCUGCUAUGGUCUCCACACAAUGCUUAAUGUUGUGGCAGACAAGGAAGGAAUUGGAGCGGCUGUCUUGAUUCGCUCUUGUGCUCCCGUUAGUGGGCUAGAGACCAUCCAGAAACGUAGGGGUCAGCAAACGGAGAAGCCCGUGCUUCUUACGGGGCCUGGCAAGGUUGGCCAAGCACUAGGACUUUCAACUGACUGGUCAAGCCAUCCCCUUUAUACUCCUGGUGGUUUGGAAAUCCUAGAUGGGCCAAAGCCGGAAAAUAUACUGAUCGGUCCACGCGUUGGCAUUGAGUAUGCUUUGCCUGAUGAUGUCAACGCAUUAUGGAGAUUCGCUGUUGCGGGUUCAGCUUGGAACUCCCACCAUGCUGCAAUCUGGAUCGCUGAUGAAAGCAGAAGGUACAAACAAGUUUCUUAAGCUAAACUCAGAUACCGAAGAAAAAGUUUGGCAUAGCAAGUCUCCAGAUAUUCUUUGGACUAGAUUGCUACCUGCUCUAAUUUUUGGUGUGUUUGUUGAAUCUCUGCAUAUACGGUGAGAUAUGGACAAAUUAAGACUCCG